GAGGCGAUCCGAUCCGUGCGGCGGCACCUGGAGAACUUGAGUGGCCCGUGCAAGCCAUUGGCACCAGCGGUGUGGGCAGAGCUGAUGCGAACGCGCACGCUCCGCCACAGCUCACGCGCGACCAUCGCGCACAUCCAGGAACGCAGCGGCUGCCGCAUCCACAUCGAGCGAGGCAAGCAGGAGGCUCGGCUGUUUGGGCCAAAGGAGGGCAUCGCCGUGGCGGACCGGCUGCUGGACGAGUUCGCGGAGACGUGCGUCGAGGAGGCGGUGAGCGCGGGAGGCCCGGCCGGCGCGCUGUCCGUCGACACGCUGCAGGCCCUCGCCCAUGCGUUCGGCGUCACGCUGCGA